AAACCUCUGAAUCUGUUCUUCGAACUACAUAUGGCAAUAGAAACACUCCGACUUCUCCAUUUCACUAUCUUUCAUUUCUAGUGAGAUUUUUCACAGGCCACAAGAUACUUCCUGCUGAGAACCCAUUUCUUAACUACGCCACCAUUUAAGAAGACCCUCAUCGAAAAUGCAAGCCCCAUCGCAGUCACCGGUGGUCAUUGUAACUCAGCCCGUGAGUGGCCCCAUGCCCCAGACCUCCAACUGGCAGACAGGCAUGUGUGACUGCUUCAGUGACUGCGGAGUCUGUCUCUGUGGCACAUUUUGUUUCCUGUGCCUCGCGUGUCAAGUUGCAGCUGACAUGAAUGAAUGCUGUCUGUGUGGAACAAGUGUCUCAAUGAGGACCCUCUACCGGACCCGAUAUGGCAUCCCAGGAUCCAUUUGUGAUGACUAUUUGGUGACCAACUGCUGUCCUCUGUUCUCUCUUUGUCAAAUCAAGAGAGACAUCAACAGAAGGAGAGCCAUGCAUACUUUCUAAAGAACUAAUGGUGAAGAGCUCUCACCCAAGCAACUAAAAUCAGCAGACACCGCUUCAGCUCGAGUACCUCUCCACCUUUUGCAACUGAAAUAUGACAUAUAUGUUUAAUCACAAUCAAUGGGGUAAAAGCAUGGAAUUUUUAUUUUAAAAUUUUAAGUGAAUGCCCCAUAGUUUUGCUGAAUGGUCCAGCUUAAUUUCUCCUUGCUUUUGUAAUAAAUUUUCUGGCUUAUAGAUUUUAUAUACAUUACAUUUAAAAUAUAAAUCAAAGAUUUUACUGACGCAGUUCUCCGUGCUUCUUUGCUCUCAAUAAAGUAUCUUUAUGUCAUUAGUUAA